AGAGCGCACUGCUGGGGGCAGGCGUGUUUGGAUACGUCAUUAAGAGGCACCACUCGUGGUCAGGCGAAGAGUUCCUGUCUCCUGUGUCACCACCCUGUCCCGGCAGAGCCCGGGGUGUGCUCGGUGUGUGGCCGUGCGUGGAGCCCCGGCUGCAGGGACUGGAGCAGGACAGCGCAGAAAGGAGAAGCCAUGCACGGGAGACGCGGGAGAGGGCUGAGAGGCAUGUAUAUAUCUCGGAGGGCAUUAAGAAGUCACUUUGAUCCCCGCAAAUAUCCACAUGAGACAUACCUACUGUGUCAGCUGGAGUGGAAUGGGAGUGGCAACGAUUGGAUACACUGGGUCAGAAAUGACAAAAAGCAUGCGGAAGUGUACUUCCUGGAGGAAAUCUUCGAGCCAAGAAUCUACGGUUUCUGUACCAUCACCUUGUACCUGUCCUAUAGCCCCUGCUGGAGGUGCUGCAGUAAAAUACAGGAUUUCCUGAACAGAUAUCCCAAUGUGAAAAUAGACAUAUUUGUAGCACGGCUCUUCUACGCAGAUGACGGAAAAAACUGCAAAGGCCUGAAGGAACUUAGCAAGUUGCAGAGAGUAACCAUUCAAGUCAUGGAAGUUGCAGACUAUAAGCACUGUCUGCGCAUCUUCAUACAAAGUGGAGUCUGUUACGAUUUCUCGCCGGAGGACUUUGAAACAGAGAUACGGAGAUAUCGUUUAAUGCUCAAAAAUAUCCUCACGGAUCCUUAUUUGUAGAAUCAAAGAAUCACAGAAUAUCUCAAGUUGAAAGGGACCAAAAAGGAUCAUCAAGUCCAACUCCCUUCUCCUCUAGGAGCAGGACUACCUAAAACUAAACAACAUGACUAAAAGCAUCAUCCAGAUUAUAAACGGGUUACGUAGUAGUUGGCUUUUGCUAAAAUUUAUUUGUUUUAAAGUUGUAAUUGUUUGUAGAUAAUUAGCAUAAGUCUCAAUUUGAUUUUAAGUAUGGUAAAAUUUGUAAUCGCUUGUGGGCACCGUAAGAGGCGAAGCAAGGCUUUCACAAGAUGUAGGUGGGCUUGUGAAUGGUGUAUUUUAAGAUAUGAAUAUUAUUGCAAAGUGUAUAUCCAAGAUAGCAUAAGCAGAGACCAGAAGAUCAUAAAAGGAAAAGUAUCAAGCUUAAAGUGGCAUCAAAAGACCAUCAAAAGACCGCCCUAGACUGCCAAUGUCCGCAAUUAUUAAAUUACCCAAACGCUGCAAAAAUCUGAAGCAAAAUUGUGAUCAACAAGCUCAGAAUAAAUUUGCUAAAUCAUUUAAGUAAUACAACUGGAGUGGUAUAAAAGACUGCAGACUGAAGAAAUGGGUGUGUACUGGCUUUGCCAGGCUUUAUGAUUAUCCCUUUAUUAUCAUUUAUUAAAACUCUUAAAAAGUUAAGAGGAGUGAGCUCCUUACCUGUGACAGGCCUGAUGGUGUGACCCUGGAGAGCCUGUUCCUGUGACAGACCACCUUCUCAGUGAGGAAUCUGUUCCUAAUGUCCAAGCUGAACAUCCACUAAUGCAGAUUCAUUCUGUUUACACCAGUCUUAUCACUGGUCACUGGUUUUGGGAUAGAUAAAUUUCAGGAUUACCCGGUCCCAAGUGGGGAAUCCAGCACUUGCUCUUGUAAUAUUUCAUACGGUUGGUGACUGCUCAGCUCUUCAGUAUCCAGAUCUCUCUGCACGGCCUCUUUACCCUCAAGGGAAUCCACAGAUCCUCCUAGUUUAGUAUCAUCAGCAAGAUUACUUAAUUUUGGUUCCUACAUUUGAUUCCUCCAUAUAGAUGAUGUAUAAGAACAUUGAAGAUCACUGGCUGUAAAAAUGAGCCCCAGGGAAGCCCAGUGGUGACCGGUCACCAGCCUGGUGUAAACCCAUUGACUGUAACUUUUUGAGCCAUCAGCCAACUGCUCACCCAGAGCCCCUUGGACUUACCCAGCCAUGUGCUGGACAUUUUAUCCCGAAGGUGAACUACUGAGGCCUGAACAACAGGCCCUGACUGAGGACUGAAAAACGAGCCUUGAGCAGAAGUUGACCUCUAGAUGAACCUUCCAAAUAAAGGUUAUAUUUGUAUCUGCUCUCUAAUGAAGUCUCUAGCAAUAUCAUACAUCUUUCUUUGGUGAAAGAUAUAUUUACCUUUCUGUAUUUAGAAACUGGACAAGGCUGGGUCUUUUUUGCUCUACCUCUGUUUUUCUACCUUUCCUUCUUCCUUUCUUCCUCUGCUUGAAAGUUUAGGUCACCGCAGCCAUAGGCCGCUCAAAGAUCUUGUUGCCACAACAUUGUUCAUUGUUGCUCAGAAAGGUUUAAAUUGUUGCUGCUACAGGCUGUUGAACCCAUCACAUGGUUUUAAUUGUUGCAGCCUAUAUAAAUAAAACUUUCUAAUUGUU